AUGUUGGCGGCACAUCGCGACCAAGAGAAUUUGGUGCACAGUCACCAAAAUGCCCAGACAAAACAGCAGCCGAAAACACCAGGUGCAAGAUAUCCCAAGACUCCGGGGAACUUUGGACGGAACGAUGAGAAUGCACCCACCGGCUUUGGAGGCAAAAGCGCCUUGGGUGGUGCAAAGUUGGGAGGAGGCGAUAGAUUGAUGACGAAUAAACGGCAGACCCUGGUGACGCCGCUAGAAAAUCGAGCUCGUGCACCACUGGGGAACAAGACGACGAAUGCCAAAGCGAGAACAGGUCAGACUGCUGGUGUAAAAGAUAUGGUUCGAGAGAUUGAGAAGACGCAGAAUAAGCAAACGGGUGGACAGAAGACGCGACAGAAACCGUCUGAGUUUCAGCCGAUUAAACUGAAUAUCCAACACGAUAAUAUCGAUAAUACCAAUGACGACGGUGUGCCAGAGCCUGAAUAUGCCCCUCCGCGGCCUACCCCCUUACCCUAUGAGUCUGAUUUGCUGCCUUCGGGAGGCUUGACAUUCAAUGGUCUACAAAAAGGCAAUCUCCUCAGGGGGCAUUAUCAACAUUUUCAUAACCCUGUUGAUGAGAACGGCGUAUCUAGGGUGGAAAAGAAAUUUAACCAGGAAAUGGAAACCGUAUUGCGAAAGGCUGAGCAGCGGAAUGCCCAGGAGAUUGAUGAAAUCAAUUGGAGUCUUGAGGAUAUUAUGGAGAAUCAAUUGUCUGACGCUGUUAUAAACAACAAGGCCAGACAAUCAGCCCAUUCUUCCUUGCAACAGGCUGAGAGUACUCUUUCGCAAAAGCAGCCGCCCACCAUUUCUUCUCGUCGUGCAGCAUCAGCGCUUGCUGUGCAUUCGGACAGACAGAAUCGCAGCGUCCCACGGCCUGUAUCGAGUAGUGCCACAACCAGGCGGCCGCUAUCUUCGAUAAUUUCAGGCACAAAACCGGCGCGGCCGGUCGUCACAAAGCCGGGUUUAGCUGGCAACGCCACUGGUGAAGCAGCCUCCCGAACCACGUUGGGAUACAACAAGGGCCGGUCUGCUUCUUCCAUGGUGCAUUCUCGCGGUAACAGCCAGUCUGCCAGACAAAGACCGCAGAGACCACAGCUUAAGCCCACAGCUCCCCGAGACCUCGAUUCCGAGCUGACGAUUACUCCUGCUCGGAUUCGCCAAGCUACUUCAACAGUUACGGAGCCAUCGCGGCCGCAAUUCAUGUCGAUAUUUGAUGAUGGGGAUGAUGAUGAUUUGCCACCCUUAGAAAAACCAUUUCUGCCAUCCGACGAUGAAGAGGAAGAAUUUGAACUAAAACUAACAAUUUGA